AAAACAUUUUGCCAUUAAUACAUGAAAGUUCAUAUGAUAGAAUUGAGAAUAAAUAUGGUAAAAUUGAAAACAAUAGUGAUUUAGGAUUUGAAAAGAAGAUAGAAGGUGAACUUGGCAUUGAACUUGAAAAGGAUACUGAAGAUGAACCUGAUACUGAAUGUGAAAAAGAUACUGAAGAUGGACCUGGUAUUGAAUUUGAAGAAGACAUUGACAUUGUUAGUGAAUCUGAACCUGGUACUGAGCGUAAAAAGGAUACUGAAGAUGGACCUGGUAUUGAAUUUGAAGAGGACAUUGACGUUGUUAGUGAAUCUGAUAAUGCCUCAGAAAAUACUGCUAAUUAUCAAUGUGGACACCUACCUCCAAUCUGCAUUGAAAUUUACUGUGAAAAAGCCUUUGGAACUUGGGAAGAAUGUCAAGAGAUAUUAGAACAUUACACACAUCAAAAUAACUUUGCGAUAAAAAAAAAGCGGGUAGAUAAUAGCCUUGAUCCACACCAGUAUACUUGGAAUUGUGAACGGUCUGGUAAAUAUAUCUCACGUAAAACUGCUCCACCUAAAAAGCAAAGAAAUAAGGGUUCAAAAAGAAUUGGUUGUCCUUUUCUAGUGAAUGCAUGCAAGAGUAAGGGCCCUGAUAAUGAAACUAUAAUUAAGUUGACAUCAAUGAAGCUUGAACACAACCAUAUGUUGGUUUCUGAAAACGCUAACUUUGCUACUAGCUAUCGGAAACUUACCACAGAAAUGAAGGAGCUUAUUGAAAACUAUGUCCUUUGUGACAUUGAUGUUCCAUCUCAGGUUCAGUUACUCUGUGUGUUAUUUCCUGAAGCCACAAUUGUGGAUUAUGAUGUGAAAAACUAUGUAUAUAAGUUUCGUCGUACUCAUGAUAUACAGGGGUGUGAUACUGCAAAGCUUUUCCAGCACUUUGAAAAAGAGCGUACCAAGAAUCCUGAUUGGAAUGUUCAAUCGUUAAUUGAUCCAGAAACAAACAGAUUACAAGGUGUAUUCUAUAUGACCCCUGAACAACGCGAACUUUGGCGACGUUAUGCAGACAUUAUUUUAAACAACAAUACAGCAGCAACCAAUGCUAUAUUGCCUAAUGAAACAAGUGAAAGUUAUAGAUGGGUUUUACAGCAAACAAUUGAGGCUACAAGAGUUCAGCCCAGCGCUUUUAUGAUUGAUGCAGAUCCAGGUCUUGAAAGUGUUGUUCCCGAAAUAUAUCCUGAUCCUACCUACUCCAUUGUAUCUGGCACAUUGGGCACUGUAAAUAAAAGAACUCAACUUCACAUCCUGUUUAACCAAAUUGAAUCACAUGUUGCAGAAGAACAAUUUGCUAGUCGGUUUGUGGCUUGGCGUGAAAAGACAACAUCAUAUAUAACACUAAGUGUCCCUAGACAACUUUUUCCUGAAAUAUACAAUAUAUUGCAAAAGUAUGUAACGGCCAAAAUUUUACAGUUACAUAUUGAUCAAAUGAAUGAGGCGGUGAUGUAUCAUAGCAAAAAGGUUAAUUUUGAGGAUCCAUAUAAUUUAACAUUGGAGGUUGUUGAUAAUGGGCCGAUUGAAUUUGAGUAUAACUUUCGUCAGAUACGUUUUGAUAAACUUCGUGAGGGGAGCAAUCAUUCCUUAGUUGCUGAGGGUUGGGAAGUUCAAUCAAUCGAGCAUAAAUCAAAUAUUGGACAGAAUUCUGAAAAGGCUUAUUUUCACAUUUCUCUCAUUCUAAGACGUUGGUACAAAGACGAAUUUAUGGACGUGGUAGUUGUUGAUGAGCCAUUUCUUAGAAGAAAUUCAUUAGAAAUGAACAGUUUAACACCAUCUUUACCUUCUUUUCCGGAUGUUGCUGAUUCGUGGAAUAUCAUGCUUAUUGAAGCUCCUGUACAAGCUGCAGCAAAAGCAAUUGGCCAUAAACAAUCGAUUAAAGGAACAUUGCUUGGGCUUGCCCGUAAAUAUGUAGAAGUAGUUAAUUAUGAUGAUUUAAAUGAUUCAAAGAUUUUGAUGGAAACAUUUAAGGAAUGGAUACGCAUCCAUGAGGAAGCACAAUGCAGCAAACAAAUUAUAGAACAGGAACUAGAUGAUAACCAAAUUAACCCACUUAAAUAUAUUGGAAAAGGGCGUCCCUCCAAAAGGUGUAUAAAAUCAGCAAUUAAAAAACCAAAAAAACAUACACGUACUUCGUCUCGUGCUUCUCGUCAAUGCAGUGUUUGUAAAAGCAAAGAACAUGAUAAGUGA